AUGGUACUAGACAACAACUGGGCCGGGCGUGGAUUUGUUCUGGAAGGAGGGUAUUGGUCGCAGGAUGGGAUAUUGGGCUUCCGAAUCGAUGAAGAGCAGCUGUCUGAGGUAUUUCUGGCGUUUCCCAGCAGACUCCGAGGCAUAGAGAUCUGGCGGCGCACCUCAGACGUCUCCGUCGACACCUCAUCGCAUUCUGACGUACAUGCCCAUUCGACCCCCAUCAAGCUAUCACCUGCUGAGGCGCUUGAGUUCGAGUUUGAAGAGGCACGAUCCACGGCCGCAGAAUUUCCGCUCAGACACUCCGAGGAAGGCCUGCGUGGAAGGUACACACCACACGCAUGCAUCGGCGCUCCACCGAACUUUGCUCUUGCGUCGAUCUUGGAAUGUGUUGUCAUGGAUCUCGAUGUGACGGAGAGCUACAUCUCCGUGUGCUUCCCCUCGGCCGUCGUGAUUGUACCCCGCUGUGAAGAGGUGAAGCCUGGCACAGAGGAUGAUUCUAAGACGACGAGAAUUCUAGUGGUUGCAGAAGACAGACCGCCACAGUUGUACCAAGAGAUCGGGAUGGAAUCGGGGAAACCACCUGGCGUCAGCCGUUCGUGGGUGGCACCAGAGACGAGACACCACACAGGGGUGAGCCUGACCUGGGUGGCCGGUGCAAAUGCCCUGGCAGAAAUGGAGGUCGCACCUCCUCGGGAAGGAAUACUCACAGGCGACCCUCGUGCAUUUUACUCUCCGUUCAUAGCAGCACGGUUCUCGCCCGACGGAAGGCACCUGGCCGCGAUCAACGCCUUUGGUCUGUUGUACCUUGUCCUCAACUUCACGCGUGUCGGCCACGAGAUUGUAUCCUUCUCCGACAUAGUAACCCGCACCGCUCUCUGGACGAUAUGGGAUCCAUCGUUGCUGGGACGUGUGGUGCGCCAGCGCGCGCCGCAUGAUGGCCAUCACCUUGAUGAUCAGGUAGAGGAGGGUGGGGUGCCUCGGAUGUUUGCCGAUACAACUGCUAGACCACCUACACGUUGGCAGCGCCACGGCUCAUCGCCUGUUGGAUGGUGGUUUAGUGUGCGAGGCACUCUUUGUGCCCUGCCGAAGACGCUACGUAUCCGCAAGGGGUUUAGCACAUACAGCGACAGGUUUCAAGCUAUUGAGGUAGCUCAUAUCGCUGCCCCUUAUACUUUUGCGUCUGCAAUAAAAGACAUCAUCGCGGUCAUCCAUAUUACAUCCCCGGUGAUCACAGCCCUCAUUCUCGGUCAUUUGUUCGACUUUGAGGCCGCCUGCACGAUCGUGAAAUUACACGUGAACCAAGCGACUCUCCAUGGACGGUGGCGCUCGCUGGAGGAUGCUGUCUUAACUUACGCGAUUCAUCUAGUCGAGAAGGAGAUGGUGGGAUGGGACGGAAACUGA